AGCCUCUGCAUUUAAAUCUCUUCAGUGGCAAAACAGCAAUUUCGAUUCAUCUAGUUUAUUAGAAGGAGCCUUUUCCUCCCUCUCCCUCCUCUCCCUCUCCGUCAGUCAUUGGGAUAAUACACAGCAUACACCUUCCUUCCUUCUGUCCUUUCGUCUCAACUCUCGCAGCUCUCCUCAUCUCCUCUCUUCAGCAUUUCUCCCACAAGGUCUCUCUCUCUCUCUCUCUCUCUCUCUGACCCCUCUCUCUCUUCCCUUCUUUCGGGGAGAGCUGAUAUCUCUGGCGGUUUGCCGCAUGGAAGUCGCCCAGGCAAGACAGAAUAUCAUCUGUCUGAUCCGGACUCCUUCUCUCCAGUUGCCGACCACUGCACGAGCAGACACAACAUCACACUCACAUUUAGUGGGAUUCAACGGGUAUAACGGCAUUUAUCCGCUGACCGAUUGACAGGAGAUUCUUAAUCCCGGCUUCAUCCCUGCAGUGGAAGAAAUAUUUCUUUCUCAGAUGUAACAACAACAACAACAACAAAAAAAGACGUACCGGAUCGUCAAGUGCGCAAAAGCCGCAGCUUGAAACAUUACGCACGGCUAAUUAUAUUCUAUUUCUAUAUAUUUUCUAUUCCCUCCGUCCCCUGCCCGAGAAACCGGGGACCGGAGGUGGGGGGGACUUCCACGGUAUGGAGUCCUGAUUUUACCAGCGACCCACUGGGAGGAGUGAAUCUGAGAAAAUCCGUCGCCGUGGUGGAGUAUUGAUAACCUAAUCCUAACAAUAAUCCAGGGGAUGUUGCAGCAGAGUUUGGGACUCUAGAGAGCAUUCCAACUUUUUUGGUCUCCGUGUUUAAUCUGUUUCCCUCUCCUCUUCUUUGCCUGUGGGACUUCUAUUUUCGUGGCUGAUUUGCAGUACUUCACUUCUCUAUCAUGGACCGGUCGACGUCUUUGGAUAUAGAAGCGCUCAAGAUGACCCAGGAGCAGUACAUCCUUGCGGCGCAGCCCAACCCACUCCACCAGCGGGGGGCGUCGGUGUGCGGUGCCCAGGUUUACCCAGCAGUGGGAAUCUAUGGCUGGAGGAAGAGAUGUUUGUACUUCUUCAUCCUCCUCCUCCUCGUCACCAUGAUCGUCAACCUGGCGCUGACCAUCUGGAUCCUCAAAGUCAUGAACUUCACUCCGGAUGGUAUGGGGAAUCUGCGGGUGACCAAAGAAGGUGUCAGAUUGGAGGGAGUGUCCGAAUUCUUAUUGCCUUUAUACGUCAAAGAGAUCCAGUCUCGAAGGGACAGUCCAUUGAUCCUCCAAUCAGAUAGAAAUGUGACUGUCAAUGCUAGGAAUGAUCAAGGACAACUGACCGGUCAGCUAACCGUGGGUUCUGAAAUGGUAGAGGCUCAGUGUCAGAGGUUUGAGGUGAGGAGUACAGAUGGAGAGAGAAUUCUGUUCUCUGCAGAUGAAGAGGAGAUCAGCAUCGGCACCGAGAAACUUAGAGUCACAGGGAAUGAAGGCGUGGUGUUCAGCCAUUCUGUAGAGACAUCACAUGUGAGGGCAGAACCCUUCCAGGACCUAAAGCUGGAGUCCCCGACUCGGACCCUGACCCUGGAGGCCCCCAGAGGGGUGGAGGUCAAUGCUGGAGUGGGAGACUUUACAGCGUCCUGUAGAAAAGACCUCCUCUUGCAGUCCUCAGAAGGAGAGAUCUUUUUAGACGCCAACACCAUCAGGCUGGGCAACAUUCCCCUCGGCAGUGCUGUGGACCCCCUGGAGGGGGCACCAGCAGGUACCACCUACACCAAACAAACUGUGUACGAGCUUUGUGCCUGUGCUAAUGGUAAGCUGUACCUGUCCCCGGCUGAGAAAGGCUCUACCUGCCAAACCACCAGUAACUUUUGUCUCUGGAGCUGAAAGUGGGAGGUUGACAGACAGCCGGGACAUAUGGACUAUUAGAGUUUGAAGCUAAUGCUAGCCAACAGACUGAAUCAACGUGGAUUAUGGCUUGCUGGGAAACUAAUGCCAGCUACCAGACUGAAUCAACAUGGAUUGUAGCAUGGCAAGUCGUUCAUGUCCGUUAACUAAUCGAUUUAUAUGGAUUACAGUUUGGCAGGAAGCUAAUGCUUGCUAACAGACCAAAUCAACAUGGACUGUGGCUUGGUAUGAAGCUAAUGCCAGCUAAAGGACUGAAUCAACAUGAACUAGAGCUUGGUGAGAAGCUAUUGCCAGCUCACCGACCAAAUUAAUAUGGAUUGGUCAGUAGCUAAUGCUAGUCAAGAAGGUGGAUGACUUGGUGGGAAGCAAAAGCCAACAAGGUUAGCUGGUGGGUAUGAUGCUAUGGACAGUCUCACUCUGGGACUCUCGUUGGCUGUGUUUGCCAUUGUUGAAUUGCUGCCAUGAUGGUUUCUGAAAGUCACAAGGAUUACAUGUGGGGGUUUCCCGAGAACAGCAAACUCCCUCACAAUAAAAAUGAGUUGUGUGUUCACUGUAUGACCAAAAUGUCCUGGAAAACAUGCGCCUGCUUUUGUUAGGAUAUACAGAUAUUCUGAUGGACUGUAAGCUUGCCAGCAGGGAAAUGGACAAAAACUCAGUUGGCUAACAGACAUCAGUGUGGACCUUGGUUUAGCCCUACAGGUAGCUAACAAGCAAAUCAGACAAUGGUUUAGUCUAGUGGGAAGCUAAGGCUAGCUAACGGACCAAUCUAUACCAGAAAGGCCUUCCCCUUCCUCCCCCUCUAGUCUUUCAACCCAAACGUUGACCUGUGACCCUUCCGCAUUAAUACUACACCUGAUAGUGUAUAUGCUCUCUGACCCCACUUUCCGUAGGAUAUCUAAUGCAAAUAAUUGCUUCAACCUUGCAUUCACCAGCUUUUCCCCUAUACAUUUUCUAAUUUUUCACAUCUACUUUUCUUUUAGUUCUCAAAUAUUUUACUUGUUAUAUCUUGGUAUCCUGUUCUUUUCCCCUUCAACAUCUCUCUAAUCCUUUAUCUUUCCAUAUUUUGCUGCUGCUCUCCUUUAUCUCUUUUCUAUGCUCUAGUUAUUUUGGUCUGUCUAUACAGCUACUUGCACUGGACUGGUAAAGAAAACGUUAGUCUACCUAUCCACUUUCUUCUACCGGUCUGGUUAAAAAAAAACAUUGUUCCAUCUGCUUUCUUCCACUGGACUGUUUUUUUUUUUUACUAGCUAUCACAGCUGUACCAGAUGCAGGGUUUCUCCCCCUCAGUCUGUUCCCACAUCUUUCGGUUUCCGUCUCUUGAGAGUCAUUAUAUCUGGGCAUAUGACGCUUUUUUUGUCAGAGACAGAAAGCAAAUGGAAUAAGAAAAAGAAGAGGAAAGUGAGUUAACUCUUAUGUUAAAUUAAGGCUCAGGUGGGUGCUAUAGCAGACCAACCAUUUUAUAGUAUGGGGCCAAACCUCAGGCAGAGGCAGCAAUCGGCGACGGCCAGACCAAUUUUGGUCUUGUUAUGGAGUAUUUUACAUCUUCAUCCUGUCAUACUCUUUUUUCACUCUUUUUGCAUGAUCUUUCUGCUCUUCUUGCCCAGCCCUUGCUCUUCUCAGUCAUGUCGGUUUUCUUUGUCAUUGAAAGACGUUUCUGCUCGUUAUUCUCACUCUCCUUUUUGAUCCUUCGUUUACUGCAGUAUAUUUUACCUCUCAUCACUCAAUGCUCAGCCUCCUUGCCAUUCUCUAUUUUCUUUCCAGCAGUUAAAUUUCUAAAUUUUGUCUUAUCUUGUCUUUCAUCUCUUACCCAUCACUCACCCAAUGACAUAUCUUGAUGUUGUCUCCACAUCUUAUUUGUUAUUUCUUAACUCUUCAAUCUUCUUUGGCCAUCCCAAAUUCAAAUGUCAGGAAAAAUGUCCCUUUGCCCUCACACUAUACCCCCUUUUAAGAAACGUCAAGCAAGAAAAGUUAAGAAGGUCCAAAAUAUUAUUUGGAGGGUUAUUUUUUAUAUAUUCUAUCAGUCUCAGAUGGGGGGUAUCAAAGUGAAUGGCCUCAAGCUGGAUAAACUAGCGCCCAAGCUCUGCGAUGGCUGGAAAUCGUAGGAAAUCAGCAAAUUUGUGUGGCAGAAAUCCUCCUGGAAGAAAUUAUGGAAGGAUUUGGUUUUAUGUGUAUGGACUCAACUGGAUUAAGGCCCUGAGGCGUAUUUUCUUUUUUAAAACAAAGUGAUACACAGGUGCCUUUGCUGCUGUUGGUAAAAGCACAUCACAGUCUGAACGUUCACACUACCCUCAGUGGACCAUCUGCAAGUGUCUCUGGAAAAACUAUCUAUUUAUCAAUCUACCUAUCUAUCUGUUUAGUUUUCUGUCUUUUUCCUCCCCUUCUCUCCUGGUUUUGUAGAACUCUCAGUAUAUCCAGCUGAAAAAAAUCCAAUCCUGGUUUAAAGUAUAAUUUUCUGAUGUGUUCCCUUAUGGUUUUAUUCUUGAUAAUAAAAAAGCACAAAUUAUGCCAUGUAUAUAACAAUACCUAUAAAAUACAAAAUAAAAUAAUAUUGUUUUUAAAAAGAA